UUGUUUAUUUACAUUCUCAAGGUACAAGGAGAAUGUGUUUCCCAGCACGUCUGCAUUAGCUUAAAUCAUAAUUUAAAGGCUUAUCAAGUUUAUUGUUUUUAAUUUAAAAUGUCUAAAAUAACUACUUUAAUAUAUCUUUUUCAAAGGCAACCUUUUUCUUUGCAUUGUAGACUUUCGCAGACUUCUCAUUCUUUAGAAAGAUACUUCAGUACAAAAAGUGAUGGUAGUGAUGAUGAGAAGGAUAAUCACAGCCUUAAUAAAAAGGAAACUCAAAAUUCAAUGAAAGAUUCUAAAGCAAAACCUGAGAAGGGAACUUUAUCAAAAGAGGAAACAAAACAAGAAGCAAAGAAGAAAUUAUUUUCCCUUUUAUCAGAAAUGACUAUUGUCCCCGAUUCUAAAACAAAGGCUGGUGAAAAUCUAAGAUUAGCUAGACCUGCAAAACGCAUUUCUAAACAAGAAAGAUUCAAAGAGGAAAUACGAAAGCAUCGGGAGAUGCAAAAGUCUCCUGAAGAUAAGUUACAAGAUGCAGCCAAAGUUGUAGCAACCAAUGUCAAAGGGGAUGUUCAACAGACUUUAGCAGAACUUAAUGAGAGGUUGCGGAAACUAAAUUUAGCCUCCAGCUCUCAGACACCAUUAGAAACUGAGAAUGAGAAGAUUUUAGACGAUGAAACUAGCAAAAAUUUUAUGUCAUCUGUUAAAGAAAUUGCUGCUACUGUAGCAGAUGGCUCUGCACCAAGAUCGAAACUUGCUGAGAGAUUGCUGAAAAUUUCAACAGAAAAGAAAUCUUCAGGUUUUAAAAGGCCUCUUGAUGACUUUGUCAAAGGUAUGAAGAUUGAGAAACAAACAUCAGAAGACAGAAGAAGAAAAGAAUUCGAGUCAAAAGAUUUUCAAAAGAGAACACCACGUUCAUCAAUGGUCCCAAAAGCUAGAAUAAAUAUAUUGGAUGCAGCUCCUCUUAAUAUCUUCCAGAUAUCUAAGGAACCUAUUAAAGAUGCAGAAAAAACUGUCUGGCAAACAUUAGAGGAAAAGAAUCUUAGACUUUUAACUCAGUUUGCUCCAGCAAAUGGCUUUGAAGAGAUGAUUAUGUGGACAGAACAAGGAAAGCAUUGGAAAUUUCCAAUUGAUAAUCAAACAGAAUUAGCUGGUGAAGAAAAUGUGGGCUUUCAUGAGCAUGUGUUUCUUGAACAGCAUCUCCAUGGAUUUCCAACAAAAGGUCCUGUUCGACAUUUUAUGGAACUAGUGGUUGUUGGAUUAUCUAAAAAUCCUUACAUUUCAGUUGAAAGAAAAAUAGAAAACAUAGACUGGUUUAGAGAAUAUUUUAAAGAAAAAGAAGAUAUUUUGAAAGCAACUGGUGCUCUAGGUUAAUUUAAUAAUUUCAUAAACAAUAAAGUACUUCACAUUGAAA